UAGACUUGUUAUUGUUGUGGCCGCCAUGUUGUCUGCCAGGUUGGGGUCGGCGCUUCUCUCCAGGACAAAUUCUCUUAUUUAUCAGCCAACAAGAUCAAAAUGGGAGAAGAAAAUAAGAGUAUUCGUGUAUCCUUCCCUCCAAGAGCGUCUUGAAGAACUGGACGUGACGAGGGAUGACCCAGAGUUGUAUGCUCCUGUUAAUAUUGGGCUCCCACACAUAAACCCAUCCCGUCGUGAGCAGCUGAAUCACCGCCUACAGUACAGGAAAUCACUAAGACAAAAUCCGGAGAUAGAGAAACUUUCGCGUUCUAGAAAAUUGGCAGUAGAUAUAAACAAGGUACGCGAAGAAUGGGACAGCACUUCUGGGCCUCACCACAUUCGGACUUUGGCAGAACAUUACGGUAUCUUCAGAGACCUUUACGGCUGUGCUUAUUUCAUACCUCGUGUCGCCUUGAGAAUUAACUACAACUUUGAUGAUGAAAUGGUAUCGCCUGUCUAUAGAGGAAAUACCAUCAAACCAAGAGAGGCGUCUACAUGUCCUACAGUCCAGUUUAAAAGUGAGCCGAAUGAGCUGUGGACGUUGGUCUUGACAAAUCCUGAUGGGAAUCUGCUGGAAAAUAAGUCCGAGUGCCUUCAUUGGUUUAUCGGCAACAUUCCCGGUGGAGACAUUGCUUCUGGGGAGGUGAUAUGCGACUACCUCCAGCCUUUCCCACCUCGAGGCAUCGGGUAUCAGCGCCUCGUAUUUGUGUUGUACAAGCAGGAUGGACGCAUUGACUAUUCCAACUAUAAGAAAGAAGAGCCUUGUUUGUCACUCAAGGAGCGAAGCUUCUCUUCACUGACGUUCUAUCGGGAGUUGCAGGACGUCAUCACGCCGGCAGGUUUAUCAUGGUUCCAAUCAGACUGGGACUCUUCCCUCACCAACUUCUUCCAUCACACGCUGAAAAUGAAGGAGCCAGUUUAUGAGUAUGAAUUCCCACCGCUCUAUCUUGCACCUCAAAAGUAUUUCCCAUUGAAGAGACCGUUUAACAGCUACAUGGAUUUGCAUCGUGAUCCGAAGGAGAUUAGCAAGGAAAUUCUUUUGCAACGGCUGAAGAAACUCAACCCACUAGAGCGCGAGAAGCCUGUCCUACCCUUCCCUGGUGCUAUUAAAUUCCCUAAAGGCUUAACUAAUUGGGAGAAGAAAGACUUCCACAGGAAAAAUCUGGGUAUUGGAAAAUAUCGGGAUCUAUACAAGGGCUCUAAUAGGCCCGAAGUUUAGAACUCUCCAUAAAUAUACACAGUAAAGAAAAGAAUGGAUAUAGUGACAAUAUUUUACUUGACUGGUUAAGACUUCAGAAAGCAUCAAAACAGACAUCAUUUUUCUUUAUUUUCAGUUGUAAGAAUGUUCCGUGUCCAAUUUCCAGCCAUGUUAUUGUGACUUUUUGUGGCAUACUUGCAUUGGUUUCAUGCUAAAAGAUAUUAAUUUGAAAAAAAGGUAAUGUUUUAAAUAGGAAGCACUGUUUAUACAAAUUCCUGUUUAUAUAGAUACUGUAUAUAUUCAAAUUGAAAUACCUUAUUUGUUGUGAAACAUGACACUUUUUCAUUAUAAACGAAUAUUAA